GUCGGACAUUUGAUAGCAACGGACCUAACCACUUAAUUCUACUUCCGGUCGGGGAAGCGCGCACAUGUGAUGGCCUCGCUCGUUGAGCCGGUUCCGCUACUUGGUCUGUGUGACGGAGAACUAGACCCGAAACGGUAUCGAUCCUCUUUCCAGACCAACAAGGUCGGAGGUCUGCCGGACUGGCUGCCGCUCAUCUCGAGGCCUCGUCCGAGCUGCGGGCUGUGCGGCGCGCCGUCCGCGCUCAUAGCGCAGGUCUACUGCCCCCUGCAGGCGGCGGCUGCGCACCACCGGAACCUCCACUUGUUCGCGUGCAGCCGCGGAACGUGCAGCGGUCGUCCGGAGAGCUGGACGGCGCUGCGCUCUCAGAGCCUGAAGGCGGAGGUGGCUGCAGCCCGGGGCCCGAGCCGGCCCCCCACGAAACAGGAGCCUUCUCCUGCGGCCACGGACUGGUGUGAACAGGCUGACGACUGGGGGGCGGAGGAAGUUCAGGAGGAGGUCCGGGAGGAUGAAGAGUCUUCUCAAAGUGAAGAUUGUCCUCCAGCCUGUGAGAUGCUCUUCAGCAGUCACAUGCAGACCCUCAGUCUGGAGGAGGAGACGGAGGUUCACAUCUUCCGACCUUUGUUCAUCAGUGUGGUGGAGGAGUCUGAACUCUAUGAGGACGAGGAGGACCUGGAGCACGCCAAGGAGCUGCUGAGAGAGUAUGAGAAGAAGGAGGGGGCGGUGAUGGCGGAGUUGGAGGAGAGCGGCGGCGGCGCGGCAGAAAACUAUGAAAAAUCCUCAGCCAAACACGGAGAUGCCGUCUUCUCCAGAUUCAUGAAAACCAUCUCCUGGUGCCCGCAGCAGGUCCUGCGCUACUGCCGCGGGGGGAGACCUCUGUUCAUCUCCUCCCCUCCGCCCAGCAUGCCUCAGGCGGUGCCCCGCUGCAGCUCCUGCGGGGGCAGCAGGACGUUUGAGUUGCAGCUAAUGCCCGCUCUGGUCAGCCUGCUGCAGAGGACAGAGCAGGCUACGGGGGCGGAGCUGGAGUUUGGGACAGUGCUGGUUUACACGUGCACAAGCAGCUGCUGGACGCCAGGAUCAAAGCUGGCUGUGGAGGAGUUCUGCUUCGUUCAAGCGGACCCGGACCAGCAGCUCUUUCAGUGAUUCCUGGAGUCGAACAAUAAAAGUUCUGUGAAUAAAGCCA